AUGGUGUCACGAUCAGACGAUUACUCGGGAGACACCGCCCGACCGCCGUCUCGACCGUCAUCGUCUCGACCUCAAGAUAAUAAUCAUGAGAAUAACACGUCCGCCGGCCCUAGAUCUCGAGCUGCUAAAUCGGCCACAUCUCCAUCUAAAAGGGAGUCUACGAGGUCGUCAAAGUCUACUGCGAAGGAUGUCGCGGAGCUUACGGACUAUCAACUGGGCGAUUGCUUGGGGAAGGGCGCUUUCGGAUCCGUAUACAGGGCACUGAAUUGGGGCACGGGUGAAACAGUGGCUGUCAAGCAGAUCAAGCUUACCGACCUGCCGAAGAGCGAGCUUAGAGUUAUUAUGCAUCCAAACAUUGUCAAGUACCACGGUUUUGUGAAGUCAGCCGAGACGCUAAAUAUUAUUCUGGAGUACGUUGACCAACCGCAGCUAAUUUUCGAGGAAUAUUGCGAGAAUGGCUCUCUUCACUCUAUCUCGAAAAACUUUGGCAGAUUUCCCGAGAACCUCGUCGGCCUUUACAUGUCCCAGGUGCUCCAUGGGCUUCUGUACCUACAUGAACAAGGUGUCAUACACAGGGAUAUCAAAGGAGCAAAUAUUCUCACCACGAAACAAGGGCUAGUCAAGCUGGCAGAUUUCGGCGUUGCGAGUCGUACAACGGGACUCCAUGAGUCUAGCGUUGUUGGGACGCCGUACUGGAUGGCGCCGGAAGUGAUAGAGCUCUCCGGCGCAACUACUGCGUCCGACAUUUGGAGUCUCGGUUGCACCGUCAUCGAGCUGCUGGAAGGGAAACCUCCCUAUUACAAAUUCCAGCCCAUGCAGGCUUUAUUUCGUAUCGUUAAUGACGACCAUCCCCCCUUGCCCCAGGGAGCAUCGCCUGCUGUGAGAGAUUUCCUGAUGCAAUGUUUCCAAAAAGACCCGAACCUCCGAGUGGCCGCGCGGAAGCUUUUGAAGCACCCCUGGAUCGUCAAUGCCAGAAGAUCCGAUUCUGUCGUUCCCACGAAAUCAACCGAAUAUGAGAAAGCCGUCAAGAGCGUGCAGGAGUGGAAUGAGGCACUGCGAUUACCGGAAGCAAGCUCCGCGCGGAAACCCCUCCGACCAGGCUAUAUGAGCCCCGGGCCAGGACAGGGACAGAAGGACUUUUCACUUCCGCUCGUUCGGGGGUCGGGGACGGGCAACGACAAAGAUGCCGCGGAGCGGUUUCGGUCGCCCACCGGCAGCGGUGCCGAUGAUAAUUGGGAUGAUGAUUUUGCAUCCGCCAUAUCCCCCAGCGCGCUUCCCUUCCACAUUUGA